UGACUGACAGCUGGAAACUAAACAUUCGUGUCUGAAUCCCGCUCGCUCCUCCCCAAAGGGGCCUCGGCGACCAAUAGCGUGGCUCUCCUGCAGAUAGACCCCAGCGUGUCUCCGUCCAGCUCCAGUCCCCGCAGAGUAAAAGUCACGUUGGAAGGAAAAGGGGAGAGAGAUAUCUACUUACAGCUGCUGUCAGAUAUCCGAUCGCACUCGCAUGGCGAGGAGGUAACCUGAUCGAGCUGGGAGGAGUGACUUUACCAGGGAAGGCUUGAACAAAAAAAUGUCUUCUUCUUCUGCCGGAGAAGUCACAACAGCAAAUGACAUCAAGAGGGAAAAUGUGAAGGAGGUGGAUACGCGGGAGUGCAUCAAGCUUGUGGCGCUGGACGCGGCGGAGUUGUCCAUGGAGCGCACGACUCCCAACACGGACGCGGUGCGCACGGAGCUGCUGGUGAACGCUGCGUCCUCCCUGGCUUUCUCCCCGGAGCAAGUGGCGUGCGUCUGCGAGGCGCUGCAGCAGGGAGGCAAUGUGGACCGGUUGGCCAGGUUCCUGUGGUCCCUGCCACAGAGUGACCUGCUCCGCGGCAACGAAAGCAUCCUGAAAGCCCAAGCCCUCGUCGCUUUCCAUCAGGCUCGGUAUCAGGAGCUGUACAGUAUUUUGGAGAACCACAGCUUCAGUCCGUCCAACCACACCUUUCUUCAGGAUCUGUGGUAUAAGGCCCGGUACACCGAGGCGGAGAAGGCGCGGGGGAGACCCCUGGGCGCCGUGGACAAGUACCGGAUUCGGAGAAAGUACCCUCUCCCAAGGACUAUCUGGGACGGCGAGGAGACUGUGUACUGUUUCAAGGAGAGGUCCCGGAACGCGCUGAAGGAUCUGUAUAAUCAGAAUCGGUACCCCUCUCCUGCCGAGAAAAGGAAUCUCGCCAAGAUUACAGGACUCUCCUUGACCCAGGUCAGCAACUGGUUCAAAAACAGGAGACAGAGAGACAGAAACCCGUCUGAGGCACAAUCAAAAAGUGAAUCUGAUGGCAACCACAGCACAGAGGAUGAGUCCAGUAAAGGCCAGGAGGAGUUGUCACCCCGGCCCCUCUCUAACUCCUCAGAUGGAGUCAUCACCCAUGGGACCCUUCCCAUUCAAACAGGGCCUCUGGACAGUGGGGUGGUCAUCCAGCAGAUAGGGGACAUAAAGCUGCCUCCUGGCUCCAGCAGCAGCGGCCUCUACAAUGGAAGUCUGGUGACAAGCAACACCCCCUCCACUGUGUUUCACAAUGGAGGCUCGUCUUACCUGCACACACCUGGAAACAUCCUCUUCAACGGUCUCAAUUUGGGCAUCCAACCCUUAGCCUUCAACUCCCUGAGGUCUUCCGGAGGAGGAGUGCUGCUGGGGGGCUCUGGGGUGGACAUGCAGAUGCAGACAGGGCAGGAGAAAGGACUGGGUGGUUCUGCGGAGGACUCGGCCCUGCAGUACGCCUCUUACCAGGGCUGUGUGAAUGGUGCGGAGGUGAAGCUGGAGGGCGUUCAUACCAUGGCUGCGCAGAAUGGAGGCUCCUCGGUGCUCACGUUCAGCUCCUCAUCGGGGGCGCUGCAGCUGGGGGGAUACAGUCUGGUCCAGGUACCCAGUGGGGGAGGAGACAGUGAUGGCAGUUCUCUACUCAACAGUGAUGUGGGUCUUCCUCCUCUGCAGCUCUCCUCUGCAUCAUCUGCAUCAACAAUCGCACAGCAAGGUUCUUUGCCUCUAAACAAUGUAGCAGUGACGUCCUCCAGCAACGACUCGUUCCAGCAGCAGGACAAGCUAACCAUGUCAUCGCUCCACCACAGCACCGUCCUCUACAACAUGAGCAACGACAACCAGCCCUCCAUCAAGAAGGAGCCUCUGGAGGGGGUCGUCUACUCCACAUACCACCACCAUGGCCUCCACCUGGACCCUGGACUCAACUACACCACCCCCAACUCAGAAGAUGCUCCCUCAAGUCAAGGUCCUGCCUCCACCACCGAGGUUUCUGCCAUCAGCUCAUCCAGCCCUGAACCUGAGGUCUACACCACCCUAACGGUCAGCACGCCUCUCAUGGCUCACACAGACCCCAGUGGGCACCACCUCCAGCCAGCAGCGUAUCUCCAGGGUCCUCCGUCCUCGCACCUGAUGAACAGCGACUUCAUGAAUAAGGUGGAGGUUUCAGGAGGUGUAAACGAGAUGGUGCGAGCGAUGUGUGGGGAGAUGGAGGCGGUGGAGGGGAAGGAUCUCGCCAAACUACAGACAGUGCAGAUGGAUGAGGACAUGGCUGAUCUUUAGAAGCAGAUAUGGUGAAUCUAUUUUGGUGUGUCAGAGUGUGUGUGUGUUUUUUUUUUACCAUUUACUUCCUUUAAAUGUUAAAUUAAAUUAUUUUUGUUCAUUUGACUUUUACAAUGCACUCUAGUUGGAGAGGAGCCCCAUGGGUGGGCUUUAUCAGCUUAUCGUAAAACAAAAAAAAUGUGACAUGAUUUUGUUGUCGCCUUGAAGAAGAUUACGACUCGCAGAAGAAGAAGAAGUCACCGUAGGAGUUGGAGCCGUGUUUAAAUGUGCAUUUUUAUAGACAACACCUGCUACUUCCCGUUGAGUGGAUUUGAUCCGCAGAAGCAGGUGCUGGAAUGCCUCGAGUCAUGUGCCGGGAUGUUCCUCCAAAACUAAAUGCGUCAUCUGGGUCAAACCAAAAAGGUCAUUCAGUAGGGGGGGAAGAGGGAGAGAGAGAGGCUGUGUGAAAAUGGGCGAGGGCUUUACUCAAGGACUGCACAAA